AUGGCUUCUCUGUUUCACUGUCCUGCAACUCGAUUAGGAGAUUCUUCUGCCUUCUUUCUUCCCACCCGUAGUACCCGUUUCAUAAAGAUUCAUACCCAUAAGCCUCCACUUCGUUGCUCUUUGGAUUCUAAUGUUUCCGACAUGAGUAUCAAUGCGCCAAAAGGACUGUUUCCUCCUGAGCCUGAACAUUAUCGAGGACCGAAGCUGAAAGUUGCUAUCAUUGGAGCUGGGCUUGCAGGCAUGUCAACUGCAGUGGAACUUUUGGAUCAAGGCCAUGAGGUGGAUAUAUAUGAGUCGAGAUCUUUUAUUGGUGGCAAAGUUGGUUCUUUUGUUGAUAAACGUGGCAAUCACAUUGAAAUGGGAUUGCAUGUUUUCUUUGGUUGCUACAACAAUCUUUUCCGACUAAUGAAAAAGGUGGGUGCCGAUAACAAUCUACUUGUGAAGGAUCACACUCACACUUUUGUAAACAAAGGGGGUCAAAUUGGAGAACUAGAUUUUCGGUUCCCGGUUGGGGCUCCAUUACACGGGAUAAGAGCAUUUUUAACCACAAAUCAGCUUAACACUUAUGAUAAGGCUAGAAAUGCUGUGGCUCUUGCACUGAGUCCAGUUGUCCGAGCUCUUGUUGAUCCAGACGGGGCAUUGAGGGAUAUAAGGAAUUUGGAUAGUAUUAGCUUUUCAGACUGGUUUAUGUCUAAGGGUGGCACGCGGACGAGUAUUCAAAAAAUGUGGGAUCCAGUUGCCUAUGCCCUUGGGUUUAUUGACUGUGAUAAUAUCAGCGCCCGAUGCAUGCUCACCAUAUUUGCAUUGUUUGCCACAAAGACCGAGGCUUCCCUUUUGCGGAUGCUGAAGGGUUCACCAGAUGUUUAUUUGAGCGGACCUAUCCAGAAGUACAUCACAGAUAGAGGGGGAAGGUUCCAUCUUAGGUGGGGAUGCAGAGAAAUACUAUAUGAUAAAUCUGCUGAUGGGAGCACUUAUGUUACAGGACUUUCCAUGUCAAAGGCUACUGAAAAGAAAAUUGUGGAAGCUGAUGCGUAUGUUGCUGCCUGUGAUGUCCCUGGAAUUAAAAGAUUAAUCCCACCAGAGUGGAGAGAAAAGGAGUUGUUCAAUAACAUAUACGAACUUGUUGGAGUUCCUGUGGUCACAGUGCAACUCAGAUACAAUGGUUGGGUUACAGAAUUGCAGGAUCUAGAACUGUCAAGGCAACUGAGAAAAGCUACUGGAUUAGAUAACCUUCUCUAUACUCCCGAUGCAGAUUUUUCUUGCUUUGCAGACCUUGCACUUGCAUCUCCUGAAGACUAUUACAUUGAGGGACAAGGAUCGUUGCUCCAAUGUGUUCUGACGCCAGGAGAUCCAUACAUGCCCUUGCCAAAUGAAGAAAUUAUUUCAAGAGUAGCAAAACAGGUCACAUCACUGUUCCCAUCAUCUCAAGGUUUAGAAGUGACUUGGUCAUCUGUUGUUAAAAUUGGCCAAUCUCUGUACCGUGAGGGACCUGGCAAAGAUCCAUUUAGACCUGACCAAAAGACACCAGUGAAGAAUUUCUUUCUUUCGGGCUCUUACACAAAACAGGAUUACAUAGACAGCAUGGAAGGCGCAACCUUAUCAGGCAGGCAAACCUCAGCUUAUAUCUGUGAUGCAGGGGAAGAAUUGGUGGCAUUGAAGAAGGAGCUUGUUACACAGUCUAAAGACGACAUUAAAUUUACAAACACUAAAGAUGAAUUGAGUUUAGUAUGA